CAGUGGCUCUGAUCAGAUAAAGAGGUUGAAGCGCGCACAUUCCUCCGCAGUUUGCAAGUGAAGCUUCAUUGUGACUGAUGGAUUGUUCAGAGGAGGUUCAGUGUGUGUCCGAGGAGACCAGCGCUCAGAUGGAGCUGAAGAAGGGGAUGUCAAUUUUCAUUGAUAUUUUACGGAGGGCUGAUAAAAACGAUGAUGGAAAACUGUCCUUCGACGAAUUCAAAGCCUACUUCUCCGAUGGUGUGCUGACGGCUGACGAAUUGAAGGAGCUCUUCCACACAAUCGACACUCACAACACAGACAACGUGGACACCGACGAACUCUGUGAGUAUUUCUCCCAGCACCUCUGCGAAUAUGAGAAUGUUCUCGGCGCCUUAGAAGACCUGAAUAUGUCCAUACUGAAGGCGAUGGACAAGACAAAGAAGGAUUAUCAGGAGUCCACCCACCUGGAGCAGUUUGUGACCCGCUUCCUGCUGAAGGAGACAACCAAUCAGCUUCAUUCACUUCAAAGCUCGCUCGAGUGCGCCAUGGAAACCACAGCUGAGCAGACCCGCCAGGAGAAACAGGGCCCGGUGAAGCCAGAGGUUCUGUCCAUCCAGUGGUCGGGCCGUCGCUCCAACCGGCGGCUCCAGAGGAACAGCAGCCUCUCUCCCAACAACCCUCUCCUCAGUCUUGUCAACUCAGGUGUUUACGAGGAGGACGGCCAGUGGAUUGUUCAGGUCAACAGGCUGCAGAAGCUUAUUGAUCGUCUGGAGCAAAAGGAGAUUCGUCUGGAGCCCGUCGAGGAGGAGGUCUUGGAGAGCAAAUCGCACAUCCUGAUCGUCCAGAGGCAGCUCUCGGUGCUGGAGGAGGAGCUGGAGGAGUUUCGUUUGGCUCUCAGACAGUACAUGGAGUGUGCCUGUGCCCAGACUGGAUGUCUACACAUCGCAGCUCAGCGGCUGGCAAAUGAAUCACGCUUCAUUCUCUAUGAAUUCUGGGAGCACAACAACGUGUGGAAGAAUCACCUGCAGACCAACUACAGUAAGACCUUCCAGAGGGGGAAUGUGGACUUCCUGGAGACCCCUGAGCUCGUCACCACCAUGCUGGUUCCCGCCUCAUGGUGGGUCCUCAACAACAACUGAAAUUGGACGGGCACCCUUCACAGGUCGUUACUGACGGGUGCAGAGAGCAAACAACCGCCUGUCAACACAUCAGGACACGCACAUGCACACACACAGACAAAACACACCCACACACUCACCCACACACACUAACUCAACACAAACUCGUGAAGUCAUGGUGAUUAGUAUCAAUUUUAUGACCUCCAUGUUCCUUCAUAGUUAGGUGGUAGCUGAUAUAGCCCACGUGUGCGUGUUUUAUUCACACCCCUAGACGACGCUCUGACGUCCUAAAAGCAAUGACCUCGUCAGACAGAGACCCAUCUGAUGAUCUGACAUCAUCACUGUGUUUGACGUGACAUCAUCUUCAGCCCGGGGUGGAUCAAGAGAGCUGAAGCGUGCGGUGAAUGUGCUUGACACAGAGAGUGUAUUUGUGUGUGUGCGUGUGUAUGUGUGUGUGUUUGUGUGUGUGUGUGUGUGUGUGUGUGUGUGUGUGUGUGUGUGUGUGUGUGUGUGUGUGUGUGUGAAGGAGAGAUAGAGAGAGAUAGAGAGAGGGAGAGAGGAGGACAGAUAUAAUUGUAUCAAUUGUAGCAGCUCUGGGGAGCUCAUUAAACCAUUAUUCUGUUGUUUCUGUAUUAUUGUGUCAAACUGAGAUAAAAAUCUGUUGGUCAUAAAUAAAGACACUAUAUUGUUGUGUAAAUCA